AUGGAUGGAGUAAGCAGGAAAGAGUUCUGGGAUGAGCUGCUAAGAGCUGUCAUCGUCCUCAGUAAUGCAAAGGUCUACGCGGAGUAUGCGACGCGCGUCAAGGCUCUUACAGCAGCGACAGCAGUUGCUUCUCAACCCCUACCGAUUUCUCGGCAGCAGAAACUCAACUUGCAGCAGCAGCAACAGCAGCAGUUGCAGCAGAUGCAACAACAUCCAGGAACAACUCCGUCUCCCUGUUUUUCCAGCGUGGCAACGCAGACGGCCUUCACAAGUCCGAGUUACCGCUGGCGGAGAGGCAGCAGCAACAGCAGCUCUUCAACAGCCUCUGCUGGCGCCCCGUACUUGCGUCGCAGCAGCGCAGUCAGCACGAGCACGGGCAUCCUCCCCUUCGGGGAAAUGGAGUACAGCGGUUGUCCUUAUGAAUCUCCAUCCGCAAACACAUGGUGUUACAUCCGGCGUCUCUCUGCAGUGUCUGCAUGUUCUGUAGACAGCGCGGCAGCAUACCCUUCAGAGGACACAACGCGAGACAGGCAAUGUCAAACCGAUGACCCCGUCCUGUUUCUUCCUAAGACGGUGUUGCCCCCGGCGUUGAAUGAAAUGUUUCCGGUCACAGCCUACAUAACCAUGCUCAGACCACUGAUGAGCCCCAGGCACAACCUCCAUAUAAAGCUUUACCUACUGGAGGGGGAGCUCCUCAAGGCCCUCCGCAACCCUUUCGCAUGCUAUUACCCCUCUAGACGCUUUAGAGCACGGGGCUUGGAAUACCAGGCAUACAGAGAAAAGGCAAUAACACUUGGCGCUGCUAGGCCUGCUGCUGGGCAGCAAGUGUACAGCAGCGCUAGCGAUUCUCCCAGGCAGCAGCAACAGGAGGCAGGAAAACCAGUUGCUGCUGCGCCACAUGCAGACAAAGAAGAAGAACCUUCAGAAGAUCCCGCGUUUACUGGGCUGGUGACACUGCGACUCUCUGAAGAUCUCACAUCAGGGCUUAUUGCAGGUUGUAGGGAACGAAAUAUGACAAUGAAUGGUUUGGUUACAACUGCAGCGGCUGUUGCGCUCUCUCGCAUGCUCUGGAGAAGAAAUCAGGUGAUGCAGCAGCACAACCUCCUCGCCGAUCUCUCUCGUGUUGCUGCUGCCUCCAGUGCUGCUUCCUGCUGCUGGCCUCUGCGGCAUCACUCGUUGUGGGCCUCUUGUCCACCGCAAAAACAAGGAGAGCAGCAGCUUCUUAAAACGUGCGGAGAGGAUACACCGCAGGAAGGGACUUGCGUUCAGAGCACCGAACACGAAAGCCUAGCCACUACUCUGAACUCAACUUGUGCCAGCUCUGAGCAGGACUCCGCCAAGGCAGGAACUCCUAAUACAACACAAACUCUGUCUCCUAGCAGCUGCGAGACGUACGCAAGCCACUUCAGCAAAGGGUCUGCUUAUACGUGUCCUGCUUAUCCUUCGGACCUCCUCGAGAGUCCAAGUGUUUCCCCUCUUGUCAGUGAAGAGAUUCAGCGCUCCUCGUCGCUCCAAGAGCUGUUGCAAACGAUGCAAACUGCAGCAAGUGAUGCGGCGGAAGAAGAGAAAAAGGAAAAACAACAGAGGGCUUCUGCAUGUGCGAAGAAAAGUACAACGAGCGGUGGCUGCGGUUGGUCGCUUUCUCACGUCUCCGGCAUGCUGCAGCAGCUAGCAACACGUUCUCCUGUUUCAGGAGAGGGACCCCCCGGAAGUUUAGGUAGGCAGUUUGCAAGGCAUAAGGGCCCCGUCUACAUCUACACGCUGCAAGCUAUCAGCGGCAGACGGUGGCUAGACAAGUGGGUUGAGGAGCAGCAGAAGAACCCUGGGCUAGGCAAGCUAUCAGCGGCAGACGGUGGCUAG